GUCUAUUUAUUGAGGCGCUGGUCAAAGCAAGAAAGCAAAGUCGGCUGGAUGCAUUUGCUCAUUCCUGAACCUGCUUUUGUUGUGAUUUGAUGGUGACUGCCAAAGCAUGGGUUCUAAAGAAGCAUUUUGAUGGUUUUCCCAAAACCAAUGAUUUUGACCUGAAAGAGAUAGAGCUACCAAAUCUAAAGGAUGGAGAGUUGCUGCUUGAAUCCGUGUUUCUCAGUGUUGAUCCUUACAUGAGGCCUUACAGUCAAAGGGACAUGAAAGAAGGUGACGUAAUGAUAGGCACGCAGGUUGCCAGGAUUGUAGAAAGCAAAAAUCCUGCUUUUGCAGUGGGGGCCUUUGUUUUGGGUAACAAGGGCUGGAGAACUCAUUUUAUCUCUGAUGGGAAAGACCUACAACUCCUUCCUUCCAGUUGGCCAGAAUCACUCCCCAGAUCUCUAGCUCUUGGAACAGUUGGCAUGCCAGGCCUCACUGCAUAUUUUGGUCUGCUGAAGGUCUGCAAGGUGAAGCCAGGAGAGACAGUGCUGGUUAAUGCUGCAGCUGGUGCUGUGGGCUCUGUGGUGGGGCAGCUUGCUAAAAUUUGGAGUUGCAAAGUGGUUGGCUGUGCUGGCUCAGAUGACAAGGUUGCCUAUCUGAAAAAAAUAGGCUUUGAUGAAGCCUUUAAUUACAAGACUGUUAAAUCUCUGGAUGAAGCACUGCGUAAAGCCUCUCCUGAUGGCUAUGACUGUUUCUUUGACAAUGUGGGUGGAGAAUUUGCCAGUGUUGCUAUCAACCAGAUGAAGAAGUAUGGAAGGAUUGCAGUCUGUGGUGCCAUCUCUCAGUACAAUGACACUGUGCCUCAGAAAGGGCCUUAUGUGCAGAUUCCCAUGAUUUUCAAAGAGCUUCAAAUGGAAGGGUUUAUUGUGAGCCGAUGGAAGAACCAGUGGGAGGAAGGUCUGCAGGCUCUGCUAAAGUGGGUUGUGGAGGGAAAAAUGAAGUACCAUGAGCAAGUCACUGAAGGAUUUGAGAACAUGCCAAUGGCUUUUAUAGGAAUGUUAAAGGGAGAAAAUCUUGGAAAAGCUGUUGUAAAAAUGUGAAGAUCAGCUAUUUCUGUGAGACUGGUGAAGCAGAAUGUGAUUCUGUUAAAUGCUUUUAAUUCACUUGUCAAAUCAUACGAUCAUCAUGUUUCUGUCAU